AUGGCGAAUGCGAGGUUGGGUGUCGUAGUUUCGGGAACCUUUAUAGCAGCGCUGUUCCUGUUGUUGCUGUUUUCCGUCAUAUCAGAUUCCAACCAACCGCCCGUGGUCGAUAGCAGGUAUAAAUGGGCCGACAGAAACACUGAAUUCGCGUCUGAUGACAGCGUUUUCUUACUAGGAGCUGGUAGAGCGGACAUUACUGGGCCUGUUGUCGAGAUCGGAUUUGGCGGCUACGCCAGCUUGGACCAGAUUGGAACUGGUCUACGACAGAGAAUCUACUCUCGUGCUUUCAUAGUCGCAAAUCCGAACCGUCCAAAGGAUACCUUCAUCUAUCUAAUUAUAGAUUCGCUGACAGGUGACACUGCUGUGCGACAUGGAGUCCUCGAAGGCCUUGCUAGCCUUGGCAGUGAAUUCGCAGACUAUGGUGAGCAUAACGUAGCCUUUACAGGAACCCACUCCCACUCAGGACCGGGUGCGUGGAUGAAUUAUCUUCUCCCUCAGAUUCCCAAUAAGGGAUUCGACAAGCAGAGUUACCAGGCAAUUGUCGAUGGUGUCCUGCUUUCCAUCAAACGAGCCCAUCAAAGUAUAGCUCCCGGACGCCUGAGCUUUGGCUCCAUAGACAUUGAAAAUGCGAACAUCAACAGAAGCCCGUAUAGUUACGAUCACAAUCCGGAAGAAGAGAAAGCGCGAUACUCGGACAGUGUGGACAAGACCAUGACGCUUCUGAGAUUCGACCGAGCAACGGAUAAUAAAACGACGGCCGUUCUGACUUUCUUCCCAGUGCAUGGCACUUCCAUGUAUAACAACAAUACAUUAGUAACUGGCGAUAACAAAGGAGUUGCAGCAUGGCUUUUUGAAAGAAGUGUCAAGGCCGACAAAAAGUUCGCUGACGAAUUCGUUGCCGGCUUUUCCCAAUCGAAUGUCGGAGACACGAGUCCGAACGUCUUGGGAGCAUGGUGUGAAGAUGGCUCUGGGCAGAAGUGCCGAUAUGAAGACAGCACAUGUGGUGGUACAAUGGAAGAUUGUCGUGGCCGUGGGCCCUACUUCCGCGAAAAGGACAACGGUGCCAAGAGCUGUUUCGAAAUCGGGAAGCUUCAAUAUGAGGCUGCCAGAAAACUCUAUACCCAGUUGGACUCCAAUCCCACUCCGAUUCUCAAGAGCUCUGAUGUCCACGCCUUCCACGUGUACCAGGAUCUCUCCGAUUACACCUUUAUCUCGCCCUUUAAUUCAAGCACUCUGAAGACAUGCUCGGCAGCUCUCGGCUUCUCGUUUGCUGCCGGUACUACUGAUGGGCCGGGCAUGUUUGACUUUACACAAAACAGCAGUGGACCAGCAGAGAAAAAUCCAUUAUGGUAUGCUGCUCGUGCCUUCAUUCACGAACCAUCUAAGGAGCAGAAAGCGUGCCAAGCGCCGAAAGAGGUCCUCUUAGAUGUGGGAGCAGUAACACAGCCGUAUGCAUGGACACCGAAUAUUGUUGAUAUCCAGGUUUUGAGGGUUGGUCAGCUGUUUAUCAUCAUCUCAACCAGCGAGGCCACGACUAUGUCUGGACGGCGCUGGAAAGAAGCCAUCGCAAAAUCCGCGAAAGACGUGCUUUCGGUGGCAAAUCCCUUGGUAGUCUUGGGUGCUCCGUCGAAUAGCUAUGCUCAUUAUGUGGCGACCGAGGAAGAAUACCAUGUACAACGUUAUGAGGGUGCUUCGACUCUUUACGGUCCCAACACUCUCGCGGCAUAUAUUAACCUCACACUCACAUAUCUUCCAUAUCUCGGUGACAGCUCCAGCUUGCCACCACUGGAUUCCGAAGUGAAACCUCCUAUCAACACGGACAAGUCUUUAUCGUUUAUUCCAGGUGUCUUGUACGAUGGUAGCCCCAUCGGUAAAACGUUCGGUGAUGUCGUUUCGUCUGUCGAUAAUGCCACAUAUGGACCUGGUGACACUGUGAAUGCCACCUUCAUCGGAGCUAACCCUCGGAACAACCUACGUCAAGAAUCCACAUUCGCGGCGGUUGAGCGACAGAAGCCCGGAACUGACACCUGGGAGGUUGUACGGACUGACCGAGAUUGGAACCUUGUUUAUACCUGGAAGAGAACGAAUACGGUUCUGGGCCACAGUGAGGUUACAAUCCAGUGGCAGAUAGAGGAUGACUAUUACAACGUUGGAAACCCUACCUCCCUCAAGGACGGAACCUAUCGCCUGCAUUAUUAUGGAGACUUCAAGACCGUUAAAGGUGACAUCGGGGGUUUUGAAGGAAUAAGUGGCUCCUUUACGGUGGCAACGAGCUAA